AUGAACUGGAGAGUGAGUAGUAUGCGUGUUUGGUCUAACACAAGGCUUAUUCAAAGAUAUGGGAUUUCCUCCCCAUUUCCCAUUUCCACGUACCGACUGAUCUCUCCAUUUGAUCGAAAAACAGCCUGGUCGCGUCGAUGCUCAUCACAGUGGACAUCCAACCCGAGAGUCUUUCCAGUCUUUGAUCUUGGGCUACUGGAUUCGUCUGUCAAAAUUGAGGAAGAGCUUGCAACGGGAUAUGAGCCCAAUGAGACAUACACAUAUCCCGUCGAGGAUGGAGAGACCUUGAACGACAGAUACCGAAUUCUACACAAAAUCGGCUAUGGGCCCACGGCAACGGUUUGGUAUGCUGUUGAUCUGACGGAGCCAAGAAUGGUUGUUUUAAAGAUCUAUGUGGUGGACCAUAUGCUCAAGUCUUAUGGGCGGCUCAAUCCACCGAAAGCAUACCAGCAAAGCGAGUGCCCUCUUCACGAAGUUAGCGAUCGCUUUUCCAUCAAGGGUCCUCGCGGCCCUCAUAUUUGUGUUGUCCACGAGGCACCCUCGCUAGACCCAGGACAGAUGCACGCGGGAGACAAGCUGGAUCUCGAGUCGACGAAGUCUACUAUAAAACAAUUACUGGUCAUGCUGGACUUCCUGCACACAGACUGUUAUCUUACUGCCCGCAUAAUGCCAAACGCAACAUUUAACGUUGAUUCCAACAACAGACGAGUUGCUGGACCCAGCAAUGACGAGCUUCUCACCCCAAUGAUACUUCCGGGCGACGGUGUUCCCCUGCGUCUGGAUUUCCCAGGCGAUGAUAUGUCAGGUAUCGAGGAGAAGCAUUGCAGGCCUCCCGAACAGGUCCUGAAAUCGAAAUCGGAUCACAGGGCAGAAAUUUGGGGUACUGCUGUCGUUGCAUGGAACUACAUCAGUUCCCAAGGGCUCAUUGACGGACGAAACUCAGAUGGAGCCUUUGACGACCGGGUCCACAUUGCAGAGCUAGUUGCUCUACUUGGCCCUCCUGCACCAGAGUUCCGCGAGAAGACACGACUAGGCUCCAUGUUCUGGGAUGAAGAAGGGACUUGGACGGGCCAAGCUCCCAUACCAGACCGAAGCUUGGAGAGCCUGGUAGCUGGCAAUUUCGACGGCGAGGAUGUGGAAGGCUUCGUGCAGUGGAUGCGAAAAGCACUACAAUGGGAUCCAGAAGAUCGGCCAACGGCUCUGGGGCUCUUGCGUCAUGAGUGGAUGUCCCGGAAGACGAAGCCUGUGGAGAAAGAGGGUAUAGAUGUGUUCGACGACAACACCCAAGUCUAG